AUGAUUUGUAAAGCUCAUCGAACAUCUUCGCUAACUUCCUGUGCCGCCUUAGCAAGAAUUAUACCUCUAGACUUAAGAGCUCAAGAACAACUAGACAUAUACGAAAUAAAAAGAGGAAAGUCCAUUGAGCAACUACCAGGGAGGAAACUUGCCAUACCAAUAAGUCCUUUUAAUCUUCCACAUCCAGCGUUCCGUGUCCCAGAGACUUACAAUGACAUAUGUACAGAAAAGGAUGUUGAAAUGAUAGAAAACAACUGGCCUGCUAUCUAUACUGACGGUAGUAAAAUCGCAGGAAAGGUUGGGGCCGCUGUAAGCUGCUGGGAAAAUGGAAGGGAAACCCACAAGGUAAAAAUAAAAUUAGGUAAUCACUGCAGCGUUUUCCAGGCGGAACUAGUUGCAAUAUUGAAGGCACUCAGUAUCAUAAAAAGCAAACGGGGAUUUAGUAAGUCUAAUAUACUGAGUGACUCUCGGUCGGCCCUGGAAAGCCUUUCAAAUCCUAGCACUCUUAAUCCUCUGGUAGCUGAAAUUCUAGAAGAUAUAGAGGAAAUACGUAACAACCAAGGUGAGGUGAAGUUCUUCUGGAUUAAAGCUCAUUGUGGAAUCCCAGGGAAUGAAAGAGCUGACGAAUUGGCGAAAUUAGCAGCGCAGACGUCUAAGCAAGCGCCAACUUACGACUGUUUCCCACUGUCCUUUGCAAAGCGUCAAAUCAGGGACAACUCAAUUAUAAGGUGGCAAGAAAGGUACAGCACAUCCAACACAGGGUCUACGACAAGAAAAUUUUUUCCUUGUAUAAAAGAAGCAUAUAAAACUAUGUGUAAAGUAAAAAUGAACAAUUUCAUUUCACAAAUUCUGACAGGUCACGGAGGCUUUAAAUCAUACCUGUUUAGAUUUAAGUUGUCACAAAGCCCCUACUGUAGCUGUGAUAAUCAAACAUCGCAAACAAUAGAGCAUAUCCUUUUAGACUGUCCGAAAUUCGCUUAUGCAAGACUUUCAUGCGAGCAAAGUAUGGGUUUUGCGCUAAAAGAGGAAACCUUAUGUAAAAGCUAUUAA